UGGAGGGGAGGCAGAGCCGAGCCAUUCUGGGGCCAAAAGGGGCUUUUUUAGUCCUUGCCCGGCCUGUGCCGCAGGGAAAGCCGCAUCACCGAGCACUGGCUCCAGAUGCCCCAGCUUUUAGCUGGAAGCCCCGAUUUCCGUGGCCGAAAGCUUGGUGCCAGGGCCAACCCCUCGCUCGUCUCUCCGUGGGGCCCAGCUCAGCCCCGGCUGCGCCCGCAGAACCGCGGGCCUCUGGGCAGCCCGCUCUCUGCGCCCCUUCUCGAGGGGGAGGGGGAUGAAAAUCCCCCACAGCUGCGCGGCCAGCGCAAGAACUAACACCCGGGAGGCAGGAGGAGCGCAAAGCCCCAGCGGAGCCCGGGGGUGGUGGGCUGGGAGGGAGCGCUGCGGGGCGCCAUCUAGCUCGGUUUUUCCAGUGCGGCUGGCUCGCUCCUACCCAGGUGUUUGGAGAGCUGCGCCGACGCGCAGCGCUGCGCCCUGAGCUACCCCAGCUCGACGCCACUUGCGCUCAGCCGCAGGGCCGCCCGGCCAGGGGCCCCUUUAGCCUAGGGGGGGGCCGAGCGAGGGUGCGGGUUUUGCUGUACAGCCACGUGCGCCGGGUCCUGGCGAUGGUUAAAGCGCACACCCAGCAACAGCUCUGCGCGUAAAGGCCCAGGGCAGAGCGGUGCCCGCCUGCUAUAGACGCCUGGCUGGCCGGGGGGUCCCCCGGGCUGGCUGAAUGACUCCGGGGCAGUUCCGCGUCCCGCGCCCGGCGGGGAGAGCCUGAGCUAGGAGCUGCUGCGCUUGGGCUCCGAUUUCCAGCUUCCGCCUUCGGAGAAGAGGCGCCCGCAAGGCCCCGCACCUGGCGCUGGUCUGGCCGCUGCCCGUUCCCACGCGCGCCGGCCAAUGGGCGGCUGGUGAGGCCGGCGGGGCGCAGCGCAGCCCGUGCGCCCCCGGGAGCGGAGCGCACGGGCCCGGCCGGCAGAGGCGAUGCGGCUGCUCUGCGGGGCUCUGCUCUGGCUCUUGGGGCUCUUGUGUGACCUGGGGGAUAGCAGCUUCCUCCGGAGCCAUCUCCAUGCCUCCAGCUUCCUGCACCGCCGGCUAAGCUGCCGGGAGAAGCGGGAGAUGCAGCGGGAGAUCCUGUCCAUCCUCGGGCUGCCGGGCAGACCCCGACCCAAGGCCUCCGCCGGGGGCAAGCUGCCCUCCUCCGCUCCCCUCUUCAUGCUGGACCUGUACCACGCCAUGGCCAGGGAGGAGGAGGACGAAGAGGAAGAUCAGGUGGGCUGGGGCCGGGGGGUCUCCCGGCCCGUGCUGACCAGCUUGAGUAUCCAGACGCCUCCUUUGGGAAGAGUCAUCAGCCGGGCGGACACGGUCAUGAGCUUUGUCAACAUGGUUGAACAUGACAGAGACAUCUUCUACCAGAAGCCAUACUGGAAGGAAUUUCGAUUUGACCUGACCCAGAUUCCAACUGGAGAAUCUGUAACAGCUGCCGAGUUCCGAAUGUAUAAGCUGCGAAGUUUCACUCGUGAUGUCAACAAAACUCUUCACAUCAGCAUCUACGAGAUCAUGAAGGAGUAUUCCAACAGGGAAUCUGACUUGUUCCUAUUAGAUCUUCAGGAGCUCCAGGCCGGAGCUGAAGGCUGGUUGGUUUUUGAUGUCACAGCUGCCAGCAACCACUGGUUAGUAAACCGUAAACACAACCUGGGCCUGCGACUUUAUGUGGAGACCGAUGACGGGCAGAGCAUCGAUCCGGGCUCAGCAGGACUGCUGGGUCGGCGCGGGCCACGCUCCAAGCAACCUUUCAUGGUCACUUUUUUCCGGGCAAGCCAAAAUCCGGUCCGAGUUACUCGAGCCGUCAAGCAGCUAAAGAAGAGGCAGCCCAAGAAAACGAACGACUUACCGCAUCCAAACAAGCUUCCAGGGAUUUUUGAUGACAUUCAUGUCUCUGAAGGCAGACAGGUUUGCAGGAGGCAUGAACUCUAUGUCAGCUUUCAAGACCUCGGAUGGCUGGAUUGGGUGAUUGCACCACAAGGAUAUUCUGCUUUUUACUGCGAAGGAGAAUGUGCCUUUCCUCUGGAUUCCUGCAUGAAUGCAACCAAUCACGCCAUCCUGCAGUCACUAGUCCAUCUGAUGAAGCCCGAGGCUGUUCCCAAGGCCUGUUGUGCUCCCACCAAGCUCAGCGCAACCUCUGUCCUCUAUUAUGACAGCAACAACAACGUGAUCCUCAAAAAACACCGCAACAUGGUGGUGAAAUCAUGCGGCUGCCACUGAAGCCCCUGAGGAAAUGCGAUCGCUGGUUUCUUGGCAAGGAAAAAGAACUAUUUUAACAGGUCUGAAUCCCAUCUAUGGUGCCGAAGUCCAUAAGAGUCAAACACCUAGUUGUAGUUAAGACAAAACUUUUAUUCUCCUACUAUACUUCAUGAGACUAGAGACAGCAAAUCGGGGGCUGCUUAAGUCGCGUUGUGUUUCUGGCUAUUGGGUUUUGUUAUAGAACUGUGGCUAGCUGGCUCCUGGAUUAUUCAUUAUUACUGGAUAACGUUUAUACUGCACAAGUGACUAGGCCAAGGAAGGCAGGACUCGAGUUGCUUCUAAAUCUAUCAGUAGCUACUUACUUAAGUCCAAGUAUUAUGGUUUUAACAAGCACUUACAGCUCUCUAAAUGAAAACACGGUCAGCCAAUUAAAUAGCUGGCUAACGAACCCUCCCCUCCCAUUUAAAGUUCGAAAAUUCAUCCAAUUGGAAAAAAAUGUCGAGGUAGGCCACGGUUAUAAAAUAAACCCCAAGUUUGGAAAGUAAACACUUAAUGGUCAUUUUUAGUAAAUGUCACGACCCAGCAGCAUGGACACUAUUUCUCAGCGAAAGCCCCAGGGGUCUGCUAAAAUUGUACCUUU